CUCACCUCGCCAUGGUGGAGCAGGGAGACGCGGCGCCGCUACUGCGCUGGGCCGAGGGCCCCGCGGUCUCUGUGCCGCAGGACCCCGCGCUGCAGGCGGGAGGAUGGGCUCGGGGCGGCGGUGGGAGCGGCCGAGCGGCCGCGGAAGCGCCCCGAAGGCGGGAACCCGACGAGCCAGCACCCCCCGAAGUGCUGCUGCAGCCCGGGCGUCUGGAGCUGGGCGACGUGGAGGAGGACCAGGUGGUGGCUGUGUUCGUGGUCACCUUCGAUCCCCGCUCGGGAAAUAUGGUAGAAUGGUGCUUACCACAAGACAUUGACCUUGAAGGUGUCGAGUUCAAGUCUAUGGCCAGUGGGUCCCAUAAAGUUCAGUCUGAUUUCAUCUAUUUUCGAAAGGGGCCCUUCUUUGGCCUGGCCUGCUUCGCCAACAUGCCCGUGGAGAGCGAGCUGGAGCGUGGCGCACGGAUGAAGUCUGUGGGUAUCCUCUCUCCAUCCUACACCCUGCUGUACCGCUAUAUGCACUUCCUGGAGAACCAGGUUCGACACCAGCUGGAGACGCCGGGACACUACUCUCAUCUGGCCGCAUUCUAUGAAGACAAGAAAGGGGUGCUCCAUGCCGGCCCCGGAAGGGGUGGCAGCCUGCCACCCGUCUACUGGCUGCCUUCCAUCCACCGCUACAUGUACCCCGAGAUGAAGAUCACACACCCGGCUGGCUGCAUGUCUCAGUUUAUUAAGUUCUUUGGAGAACAGAUCCUCAUUCUUUGGAAGUUUGCCUUACUCCGAAAGCGCAUUCUGAUAUUUUCUCCCCCACCCGUGGGCGUCGUGUGCUACAGAGUGUACUGCUGCUGUUGUCUGGCCAAUGUCUCCCUGCCUGGCAUUGGAGGCACCAUCCCUGAGUCGAAGCCUUUCUUCUACGUGAAUGUGGCUGACAUUGAGAGCCUGGAAGUAGAGGUGUCCUAUGUAGCCUGCACCACAGAGAAGAUAUUUGAGGAGAAGAGGGAGCUGUAUGAUGUCUACGUGGAUAACCAGAAUGUGAAGACACACCACGACCACCUGCAGCCCCUGCUGAAGAUCAACAGCGCAGACAGGGAGAAGUACCGUCGGCUCAAUGAGCAGAGGCAGAUGCUGCUGUACUCCCAGGAAGUUGAAGGAGACUACAACCCUUGUGAAGAAGACCUCUUUGUGCUGUUUUUCCUAGAGCAAAACAACCGGAUUUUUCAGACUCUGUUGGAGGUGUCUGCCAGUCAAGACAAAACUCUAACAGCAGAGCAUGCCCGAGGCAUGGGACUGGACCCCCAGGGAGACAGGAGCUUUCUGAUGGACCUGCUGGAGGCCUAUGGCAUCGAUGUCAUGCUGGUCAUUGAUAACCCCUGUUGUCCAUAGGAGGAGGACCAGGACUUGGUGGUAGGCCGCUCAUGUGGGGUGACAGGAGCCUGGCGUGCACCCCAGGCCCUCGGCAGCUUCAGUUUAAGUUAACACAAAGGACUGUUUAGACUCUCCAACCCAUGUAAUGUGUGCCAUUUCCUUUCUCCCCUCUGCCCUGGGGCUGAGGUGAGGCCAUCAGGUUUUGUAGCCUUUGGUUGGACAUUGGAAUCUACUGUCUUCCGCUGCUGCUGCUGCUUUGGGUUUAGUCUUAGGAGUUCCGUCAGUCAGAGGGAGAAUAUGAUACCCAUGAGUCCUAAUGUGGCCUUAGAUGUGCAUCUGCCUAAAACCAGAAACUGAUCAGAUGACCUUUUAGGGUCACCAAGUUCUAGGGGUCGGGUUGGGAUGACCUACUUGUCACAGGACAAGUCUGCGUCUUCUGGGUUGAUCGGAGUGGGGACCACAGAGAAGGAAAGCAGUGUUUCUGACAGAAUGUCAGGGAAAGGUGGAAAACUAGGAUGAAUCUUUGAAACCCUUUCUAAAGUAAGGUCAUGGUAGCUACACAGCAUAACAUACCCCUAGCCCCUCCUGCAUCUGAAUCCCCUCCGGAUGGCUUGGUGAAUUCUGAAGGUUGGAGCUGGCCCCGGAGCUUAUAUAAGCAAGUUCAUUUGACGUUUGAGUCUCUUUUGAGGGCUGACUAUCUUCUUGGUGUAACAGGUUCAACAGGUAAGGGAAGACAUCUCAAGGUUCUCCGAGAGCUCUCUGGAGGGAUUGUUUGCUGUCCUGAAGCAGAUAUUUCUAGUGAAUUCAGAAAUGUAGCCAGGCUCUGAGCUGGUUGACUCAGUUUGGGAUGUGGUGGGAACAAGUCUCUUAACUGGUUUAAAACUUCCACAAACUUGUCUUUAGCAGAGAAAACAUUCCUUAGCCUAAGCAGCUGGGUCCACAGAUCCAACAGAUUUGACAGGGAAAAUUAAAAAGUGCCUCCCCUGCCAGAAGAAUAGCUGGAAAUCGCAGAUGAACAACCAUGCCCGUUUUCUUUGGCCUGGGAUAGAACUUGCAGUCAACUUGUUCUUUGGGGCUGGGUCACUCGCGACUGCCAGGUUCCUAGAUGAGACACACUAGAUGAGAGGCAGGUGUUAACCGUACUCAGAAAGCCAGUUCCAAUGCUAGUCUCCUUAAGAUUUUGACUGAGUUUGCAUUUUCAGUAAUGAUUUCUUCUCCUGUGCUCCUACUGCCUGCCCUGUUACAGUGAACAGCUAGCUAGCCAUCCAGCAACCAUGUCUGUAGCCAAAGAGCAGUCAGGCUGAUGUCCACAGCAGACAGAACUUCAGACCGCGGGGCUGGGCCUCUUAUCUCAAGUCUAGGUUCUCGCUUAACUCAAGUAUUUUUGCUGUAGUUCCCUGAUUAAAAAUCCAAGAAGGAAGAGAUUUGGGUGUGUGGAAAUGCAAAUACACACUGAUGAGUCAGGGUAACAUCUUUUCUGUAAAUAUAUAAAUAAGUUUAGGCAUUGACAUAAACUGUUCAGCUAAUAGGUUUCUCUCUGCAACGUGGGUUUAGCCGACAUCCCAGUAACGUUUACAAAAAACAGCUGUGCGCAGUGGCUCAAUUUUCACCUGCUCCUUCCUGUGGCUGACUUCUCCUCGUGCCCCAGGGCCAACUGAACAGGCACCAUCAGAUGCUGAUGAAACAACACUUCCAGUAAUCUCUGAGAGCCUCGAAAUUGGAUGUAGAUAUCCAGCCAGAGAUAGGAAGAGCCCUUUCUGAGAACCUCCCCAGAGCCUUCUGCUUGCCACCACUGUUCCUGUGCUGAUGCAAGCUGAUCUAAAGAUAGCAAGGGUGAGAAAGGCUGUCCUGUGUGAAGUUGGGCCCUGUGGACCCUUUCUAACUAAGCCCCUGAUUUCCUGGUCUCUUUGUACCCCGCCCACCCUUGCAGAGGACCAGUGUAUAGGUGGCCCAGAGGGAUACAACCCUCAGAUGAUGCCAUGUCUUAGGUCAUAGGUUCUGGGCUCUGCUGACCCCAGAGCAGGACUUCUUGUUCAACAUCUUUCAAACCCUUCUGGGGAGCACUAAACCCCAUCUGUACCAUGCUAUGAACCCAUGUGCCAACCUGGAAACACUUCCUGACUUGAGUUGCUGGCUACUCAGUCAUUCUUAAGUUAGAAGAAAUUCCAAGUGGCCACAAUCCUCAGAGGGAUUGAGGUUUUAGAGUUGUGGACAUCCAUAUUAGUAUAACAAAGGCCUCUUAAAGUGGAUGUUGUCAAUUUCAUUAGCAGAUGGUAGGAAAUAGUUGGCUAGCUGGUGCCUGGCUCAGGACUCUCUCUCCAAAAGGAGUAAAAAAUAGCAGAGCUUAUCUCCCCAGAGUCGGUCACUGCUUGGUAUUAGCUUGGGCUUUAAACAUGGAGCCUUCUCUAUACUGGGCGCAGAUCCAGGCCAGUGUUGGUGUCCUACCUGGGGCCCAUAUGGUCCCGCCAGUUAGGAGUACAGUGUGACAGGAGGCGUUGGCCUCCCACACUCCCACCCUCCCUGGCUGUGGGAGAACAGGAUAGGAGCUCGUGACUGUCACUCACCUUGCUGAAAACCACAGGAAAAGCAUGGGAAGGCGAGAGCGACACUCAGGAGACAAGAGUGUUAAAUGCUUCGUGGGGAGGUUCGCUUACAUACUUACCUGACGUUAGUUAGCAAGGAGAUAAAAGUAAAUUAAGUCAUAGCUUGUGGCUGUCUUCCUUCUGGUGGUGGCAGGUGGUGAACCUGCUCUGUCUCGAGGCACUGAAAGCAUAUGGAUGCAGUGAGACAGGGAAAUGGGACUUUCAGGGAGACUUGCACAGGGUGGUACCCAGUUGGCCUUCUGGUGGCAAACGCUAGCCUCUCGAGACAAGGCACUCAGGAACUGUCCUUCCCCUUACACUCACAGCGGAGAGUGGGUUGCGGUGCUCUCCUCAGGUUCCGCGCAGUGGUCCUUGUAUGGUAAAGAAGGGAUACAGGGCGUGGAUGACCAGAAUUACAGGAUGAUGCCGAGUUUCACAGUGAACUUGCCUCACCAUGAGAAGAGUUUGAAAACUGACGAGAACCCAACAGGCCCUCCAGGGCUGCCAUCUCCCCACCAGACUUGCAGGCAGGUAGGCUAUGAUUCGAAGAGCUGUCAGCCCUCCUAUCUCUCACCCAUGGCUCACAGUUCCACCCCAUGGUGAGGAUCCUGGGGGCCUGUGGGCUUUACCUCGGCAGACCUAGUCUAAUCCCUUCUCAUCUCAUGAAAAUCCUUUUCUGAUUCAGGUAGGGGAAGGGGAGAGGCUGAGGGCUCCUUUAUACCCAGCGCAUGGAUUUUGACUCUUCCACUUUAUUGCUAGCAUACCUCUGCUCCCAGAAGCGACUGGAGUACUGAGUGUUGUAGGAAAAAGACUGUGAAUUAAGGUAAUGUUUUCCCUAUGAGAAACACAAGUUUAUUUUUAUAUCAGUGUUACUGAGUACUAAAGUGUUGGAAUGGAAAGGAAUUGCAAAGUCAUAAUCUAAGAAGGAACGGGCAGCUUUGUAAUUGGACAGCCACCGAGGCCCUUAGUGUCAUUGUCCAUGACAGUGUACUGAAGCUGAGCACAGACUGUGAGAAUUUCUUCAGUGGCACUAGUUGGCCUGGGAAGGAUGAGAUGGCCACCACCUUUGGCUGAAGCCCCAGGACAGAAGGGAUAAAUGCAGUCCUUCGGUGACUGCUUCCUCCUGGUCAAGGGAGACGGUGGGAAUGGGGGUGGUUUCUAGCUGGCACUUUAAUUCACUGAAGCGACUGCAAGUUGGGUGAUGAUGCUGUAAAUUUAGAAAAGGAAUAGGAAGUUUCUAGUGCUAUAUAGAGAAAUGAAGAUGGGAUAAAGAAAGCUCUGCUUUCAUCUUUUUAGAACUUAUUCUAGAACCAUGUUGACUUAAAGUCUUUACAGCAGAGGAUUUAUUACUUUUGCAGCUCAGUCUCACGGUGAGUUUAUUUUGCUUCCGAUGAUACUGGGGCUUAUGGGGGCAGAAUAGGGUUUUAUAAAUUGUGUAAAGACGGAACUUCAAAGUGAAAUACCCAGCAAAUAUAUUUAAUUAAAAUUGUAUCUGGGUAAAUUAAAUAAAGAUAUAAAAGUUAGGAAAACUAACAUCAGCCAUCAGCAAUGGGGGAUUCUGCCUGGGCUCCUGAACUGCCAGCAUGGGUGGCUUCUAGGAUUUGGGGUGGAGGUAAAGAAGUUCUCUAUUUGUCCAGAACUUGCUGGCUACAUUUUUAUAUAAGUCUGGAAUAUAAUCCUUUCCUGGAGAAAUAGUUGUCACCAAGGAAAUCUGUUUUCCAAUUUUUUUUUUCUUUUUAAAACAUUAAGUGUCCCUGUUGCCUUAAAUGUAAAAACCUACUUUGAGUAAUAACCCCAGCCUAAGAGUUAUAGCAAUAAGAGAACCCAAAUCUAUUUUUGUUUCAAGUCUUUACCUCUAUGACAAAGUCAGAAAGAUAAUUGGUAAGUAUUGCUCUGGGUACUACUGCAGACCAAUGUAUCCUUUCUCUGUGUCUUCAGUUGUGUGUUAUUUACAGACCUGGAGAGAGCUGGGCUUAACCCUGAGGCUAAGUGCAAAUGUUUCUUGAAUUGACUCUUUCUGUGGUACAAGUAACACCUGUGUAUAUCAUCUGUAUAUAUCUGAACCAAGUUAUGUGCAGAGGUUGGUAAUAACUAUAUUUACAAAAACCCCCAAAUUUUUACAAUUAAAGUCCACAUUUUAACAUGA